AUGGACGGCUCGUCUCGCACUCUUACUCCCUUCAACCAACCCCAAUCCACCGUACAAGUCUCUCCAGGAUUUUCCUCACAACCUCAGAACACCCUGGGUCUCGCAGCCGCCGCCGCCGCCGCAGCAGCAGUCAACAGCCAAACCGCCCAGAUGCAGCUUCAAUCUCAACACCCAACUGCAAACGCCAGCGAGCAACAAAACUUCACCGAUAUUUCACAAACCUCUGCUGCUGCUACUACAACGAUGGCUCAGCCUGCAGCGGACACCUACCCCCACCAAGUCACUGGGUCGGGCGGUCCCACGGCGACAGCACCAUUCUUGCGAGACUUCAGUCUCGUCGCAGAGGCAGCCAAGCGGGCACAAAUGUCCGUGAUGCUAGGAAAAGGGCAUCUGACAUCAUUGAUCAUCUCGGGGUGGGAGCACGGGACCAAUAUGACUGAUAGAUUGGAUGGGACCGUUGAUGAGAUAGAGGAUAUCUAUCGUCUCCAUACAAUUAUUUCUUCUUCGAUUAGAGAGGAGUACUUACUCCAUUUUGUUCUGAUUGUUUCCACUUCGAUUGGCUACUACCACCACCACUCCUGUCUAUUAAUCUAUCUACUCGAAAUUAAUCUAUUCUUCCUUUCGGGCUUGACGCCAGAAGAUCAAAACCGGAAAUUAAACAGGGAAGGAUUAAGUACUACUAACCGCCCCUUUUCCAAUUUCGCCCAUCUGUACGACACCACUGUCCCACUUUACUUUCCCUGGUACUCGGAGACAGAGUAUGCCGGCAAGUAUCGAGUCUCCAGCUGCAACAGUAUUCCAUCUGCAAUAUUACUAUACUAUUUAACAACUUACUAUGUACUUACUAUCACCCCACCAGAUCCUAUUUCAAUACGACAGGAUAAGAUACUAACUAUGAUAAGUUGGUUGCAUGCAGGUACAUGGUUAAAUACGGGGUUGAUUGGUUGUGCCUGGCUGUGUAGUAUUUCUUUGGAACCCUUUCGUCUAUUGAUGCAGAAGUAUACCCGACCACCGGGAGGUGUGAGAAAUGGGCCCAAUAAGGAAGGUAUGGAGAUGAUUAUCAAAGGAUCGAAUGAUGCUCGCCGCGCCGUGCUGAACUCCGAUUAUAAAGAUGCGGUUUGGGAUAAUGGCGAUAGCGAUGGUGACAAUGAUGCAAUAUCGAGAGUCGAUGAUGAGAUUAUAUCUGAGUCGAUGCCCCGAUCAAAUUGGGCUGCGAGAUACUCCCGGCCUGACCCGGUGUCAACUUCUUUGACCGUUUCGAUCCGAAAAUGGAAAACCGCCGACUUAGCCUCCUGGAGGGCUCGGAGGCGAGUAUCGAGAGGGGACGGGACCUCGGGGGCCGUGGUUCGGCCGCAACAGGCACAUCCAUAG